GGUGAACUUCCUAAAGAACUGUUUCUGCUAAAAGAAUUGAUGGAUCUGAAUUUGGCUCAAAAUGUUAUCAAUGGAACCAUUCCAGCUGAAAUCAGACAGCUAACAAAGAUGCAGUACUUGAGCCUUGGCAUUAAUAAUCUCCCUGGUCCUGUGCCUCCAGAACUUGGAAGUCUAACCAAAUUGGUAUCCUUAAGUUUUAGUUCAAAUAAUUUCAACGGACCAUUGCCACCUCAGCUUGGAAACUUAACCUCCUUACAGCAGCUGUAUAUUGAUAGCAGCGGAGUGAAUGGUCCAAUUCUUCAGGAACUAUCAAACAUGAAAAACCUUUUAAUAAAACUCGUUACCCAAGUCAGGGACUUCUCCCCUAUCGUUAAUUCAGAGAAGACUUUGGUCACAAUAAAAUAUUUAAAACAAUGCAUAUGA